AUGGCCAAACCGGAGAGUGUCGCGCAAUCCGCGACCACCGAUGAGAAGUCCCUCGACGAGAAGGGCUCGGACCACGUCGCGGUUCUAGAGGCCAUUGCGGAGGACCAUGAAGCAGAGGUCGGAUACGAUCUAUACAAGCAGGCGCGCGACGGAUCGUUGGAGUGGACGCCCAAGGAGGAGCGGCGCGUGUUGCGCCGUAUCGACUUCUUCAUCUUGCCCAUCUUUUGCAUUACGCAGGGGCUCGCGUUCCUCGACAAGACGGCGCUGAACAUCGCGAACCUGUUCUCGAUCAAAGCUGAUCUCCACGUCACCGGAAGCCAAUACAGCUGGUUCGCGAGUGCUUUCUAUAUCGGCUAUCUCGUCUUCGCGGAACCUGCAACAUGGCUACUACAACGCUACCCGACUGGCAAAGUCAUGGGCUCGUUCGUCUUCAUUUGGGGCAUCGUGGUCAUGUCAACAGCCGCAUGCCGUUCGUUUGGGGGAGCACUGGUCAACCGUAUCAUCCUGGGCGCCUUGGAAGCUUGUAUCACACCUGGACUUGGGCUUAUGACGCCCUUCUGGUGGCGCUUGAAUGAGCAACCGCUGCGACACUUGUCUUGGUACUGCUUCAAUGGCGUUGGCGGCAUCAUCGGCGAUCUUCUUGCGUACGGGUUCGGACAUGUUACACAUUCAGCCGUACCCAAGUGGGCGUUGAUCUUCCUGACGCUUGGAGCGUUCACUACUGUCUGGGGAGCUUUCGUAUUCCUCUUCGUGCCCGAUGCACCGCCCAGCGCGAAGUUCCUUGACAAGAGGCAGAAGCUCAUCGCGGUGCAGCGCGUCGCUGAGAACAGAACCGGGAUCAAGAACCACAAGUUCAAGCACUACCAGCUUAUCCAGGCGCUCAAAGACCCCAAGACCUGGAUCCUCUUUCUUGCGUCUAUCUCAGCGCAGAUCCCGAACGGUGUCGUUUCGAACUUUUCUACGAUCAUCAUCAAGGGCCUCGGGUUCGGUCUAUACGAGACCAUUCUGCUUGACAUUCCAAGCAGUCUGUUCCAGAUCGCCUCGCUUGUUAUUAGUGGGUACAUCGCCGGCCGCUUCAAGAACAUGCGCUGUAUCAUGAUGUUCACUGGAAACGCUAUUUGCAUUAUUGCUGCCGCGGUCCUCACAUAUGGACCGCAAGAGCAGAAGUGGGGCCGACUGGUCGCGUUCUGGUUUACGUCGUUCCAAUCCGUCGGCUUCUCGCUUUCGCUUGUCAUGGUAUCCGCCAACGUGGGCGGGUUCACGAAGCGUCAGGUCACCGCUGUGAUCGUCUUCAUUGGCUACUGUGCAGGAAACAUCGCAGGACCGCACGUCCUCAUCGACUCUGAAGCUGAUACUGGUUAUCCAACCGCAACGAAGGCCAUGAUGGCAGGAUACGCAGCGAAGUGCGGUCUCCACGUUAUCCUGGGGCUCUACAUGUUCUUCGAGAACCGCCGUAGGGAUACGCUUGCAGAGGCCGAAGGCUAUGCGCUUCCUGAAGAGGAGCGGUCGCGUUUGGCUGUGGAUGCUGGGAUGAACGAUGUCACCGAACACGACAACAAAUGGUUCCGCUACGUUUUAUAG